UGGGUUUUUAUGUUUCUCUUGGAUCUGUAUUUGGGUUUAGAGAAAGCUUGAGUUUUUGUGAUUUUAGAUCUGGGUUUUUUUUUAAAAUUUUUUAUCCUAUUUUUAUUUUUUAUUUUUAUGUAAUUGACCUUUGAUCAUGUUUUGUGUGUAUAGUUCUUGCAAGUUCAUCCAUGUAAGAUGAGCAUACUUAUAUCUCUACGAACUGCAUUUCUAGUUGGCUUAUUUCAACGACUUAUCCUUUAUUAUUUUGGUGGUCCGCAAAUCCUGUAUAUUGUUACUGAAUCUAUUCAAUUGUGGAUUCUUAUUAUUUUUUUUUCUUUUUUCCGUCUCCUGCCCUUUCUUCUUGUAGUUUUUUGAUUGGGGCUUUUUGGGAAAUUGUUUAUUAAGUUGUAUACUUACUGCAAUCAAAUCUUCUACUUAUCCACGUCUACUUGAAAUCAUCCGAUCAAGGUCUGCAUGUAGCUAUGCCGCUGACUCUGUGCACCCUCUGGGGAAUAUUACUAUGAUUUGACAAUUGGAACUGAGGAAUUUGUAUAUUGGGCUGCCAGUGGAAGACAUAAUAUUGUUAAUAAUGGGCUAUGAGCAAUGAGCUCUUUCAAUCUGACUGACUAUAAAACUUCUUGGUAUCUCUAAUGGCCUCGAAAAAUAGCGUUAGAGUGUCCUCAAAACCGCAGCAGAAAGGAGCUGUUAUUCAAAUGGUACAGACUAAUGAUAUCAGGCCAUUGCCUCCACAAGUUUUAAAGGCAAGCAAACCUGAGCUAGCUACUCCUGAACAAUUACCAAAAUCUGCACAAAGUGCACCAAAGCAGGCUGCUUUAGAAGAUUCUGAGAAUAAAAAGUCACCAAAUUCUAUACUAAAUGGAUCUACGGAUUCAUUGGCUGAUAAACUUAGUUCAAGUUCGUUGUCACCUAGUCCUGAGCAAGCCUCAACUGGAGCAGAUUGUGCUGUUAAUGAUACUCGUGGCUCUCUGGAAAGUUCUGUUGAUCAAGAAAAGAAGACAUCCGGGUAUGGAAGUGUGAAGGAUAGUUCAGUUUCUGCCAAGGUUAGUGAUGGUGCCAGCAGUAUUGCCAAGACUAGUGGAAGUGCAAAGAUUAGUGACCGAGCUGAUUUAGUUGAGAGUGGAAAGAGCAGUAUGUGUAGAGGAAGCACAAGCAGUGAUGUGAGCGAUGAGAGUACUUGUAGUAGCUUUAGUAGCAGUAUCAGCAAGCCUCACAAAGCAAAUGACUUGAGGUGGGAAGCUAUCCAAGCUAUACGAACUAGAGAUGGGAAUUUGGGCUUGGGUCAUUUCAGACUGCUAAAGAGGUUGGGUUGUGGGGAUAUUGGGAGUGUCUAUCUGUCAGAAUUAAGUGGAACUAAAUGUUAUUUUGCAAUGAAGGUUAUGGACAAAGGGUCCCUAGCAAGUCGUAAAAAGCUUCUCCGUGCUCAGACAGAAAGAGAAAUAUUGCAAUCUCUAGACCAUCCUUUUCUUCCUACGUUGUACACUCACUUUGAGACAGAUAAGUUCUCAUGCUUGGUGAUGGAGUUCUGUCCUGGAGGGGACUUACACACUCUAAGGCAGAGGCAGCCAGGGAAACACUUCCCUGAACAGGCAGUGAAAUUUUAUGUAGCAGAAGUCCUACUGGCUUUGGAAUACCUCCACAUGCUUGGAAUUGUCUACCGUGACCUGAAGCCAGAAAAUGUCCUUGUGAGGGAAGAUGGACAUAUAAUGCUUUCUGACUUUGACCUUUCCCUCCGUUGUGCUGUCAGUCCUACUCUUGUAAAAACAUCGUCAAUGGAUUCUGAACCUUUGCGGAAGAACCCUGUAUAUUGUGUCCAGCCAGCUUGCAUUGAGCCUUCUUGUAUCCAGCCAUCUUGUGUAGCUCCCACAACAUGCUUCUCACCCCGCCUCUUUUCUAGCAAGUCCAAGAAGGACCGCAAACCCAAAAAUGAGGUUGGAAACCAAGUCAGCCCAUUACCAGAGCUCAUUGCAGAGCCAACUGAUGCUCGUUCUAUGUCGUUUGUCGGGACUCAUGAAUAUUUGGCACCUGAGAUCAUCAAGGGUGAAGGUCAUGGAAGUGCUGUUGAUUGGUGGACUUUUGGAAUCUUUUUGUAUGAACUCUUAUUUGGUAAGACUCCUUUCAAGGGAUCUGGAAACCGGGCUACUCUGUUCAAUGUCGUGGGACAACCCCUUCGUUUUCCAGAAUCACCAGUUGUGAGUUUUGCUGCAAGAGAUCUCAUUAGGGGGUUGCUUGUUAAGGAACCACAGCAUAGAUUGGCAUACAAACGAGGGGCAACCGAGAUCAAGCAACACCCCUUCUUUGAAGGUGUAAAUUGGGCUCUGAUACGCUGUGCGACUCCACCAGAGAUCCCAAGGCCUGUUGAGAUUGAGCGAAUACCUGCCCCAACGGCCUCAUCAAGUGAAAAGGCACCUGCCCCAACCAUAAUAGGGGCUGCAGAACAAAAGGGUUCCGAUAAUUAUCUAGAGUUUGAUUUCUUUUAGCAAUGGUAAUCCGAUUUGCCAAAAAAAAAAAAAAAAAGGGCAAAAAAGAAAAAAGGGUUUCUCGGUAGUUGGGGAAAAUUUGUCUGGGACAAUUUACAGGGGAUUUGUUGGUAGUGAGGUUAAGUUCUUUUCUUGAUAGAUGGAUGGAUAUGAGGAAGUGUAUGUUGUUGUUGCCUUAUUGACAGUUUCAAAUAUGUAUUUGCAUAUUUAAUGGCAUGGCAUGGAUUCUCUGUCAUUUUAAGGCAUGAAAAGCCAUGCGCACCUUCCUUC